AUGUCCAGACGCAGCCUGCGGCUGGACGACGGCGUCCUCCACCGCAGCCUGCCGCUCAGCAGCGCCUCCUACAGCGCAGGAGGAGGCAGCCGGAGGAGCAGCAGGUCUCUGAAGCUUCGUCCUCCUCACCCUCCGUCCGUCUCCUGCUCCGAGUCGCUGCUGCAGCAGUCGAUCCACAGCGACGCCUCGCUGCUGUCCUCGCUGCUGGACCAGUCCUCCGUCCAGGACGCCACCACGCUCGACUCCUUCUGGGGUCUGGACCACGACGUGGAUCCCAAAGAAAGCACCAUGAUCGCGGAGCAGAGCAGCUUCGAGGCCGACGUCACGCUGACCGGAUCCACACCGCCGGUCCAGACGCUCAGCAGAGUUUACUGUAAAGACUGUGAGCUGCACUCGGACCAGAGGGAGGCUGGGAACACCUACAGCUCCUCCAGGUUCACCUCCUGCGCCUCCUCCUGCUCCUCGGCGUUCACGCCAGCAGGAAACCCGUCGGAGCCCAGAGACACCGACACCUCCACCAUCUACUGCCGAGAUCGGAGCCGCAGAGGCAGAACAGGUUUUCUGGCGUCCAUGUGGGACUCAUCAGCAGCAGCUGUGGCAUCGCUGUCAGCUCUGGUUUACCUCCAGCUGCUGCAGAAGCCUCAUGAUGUGGCAGCUCGAUCCGGCCGCCGCGGACACAUGACGGAGCAGAACCCGACGGAGCAGAACCCGAUGGAGAGCCACGCCAACGGAUCCCUGUGUGAGUCUGUUACACCACAGCCGUCUGGUGACGACUGUCAGGAGAGGCAGCGACCGGAGACCAGCUCAUCUCCUCCAUCCUCCUCCUCCUCUUGGUCCUGGUCCUCGGCUGCUGCCUGCCUGUUGGGCUUCAUGUGCAGCGCUGCAGCGUUCACAGCCUUGAAUGUGUUCCAGCUGGCUCAGAGCUCAGCUUCAGCUCUGUGGCCUCCGACCAAGAAGCUCUGCUCUGCUUGGUGGAGCAGCAGUCGAUCCGCAGGUCGGACUGCAGGCGACGUGUUCAGGCGGCUCCACCGGCGAUGGGAUCGCGCCACCACCAGCUCCUGCUUCACUCGGGUUCCUCUCAGACCCGUCGUGGUUCUUCUCCCGCUGCUGCUGCUCCUCUUCAGCCUGUGUUGGUUCGGUCCAGCCGGUUUACGGUCGGUUCUUCCAGCCGUCAGAAUCUCAGACUGGAGGACCGUCGUGUCUCCUCAGAGCCAAUCAGAAGAGAGCGCUGUGGAGGAGUCGGGGGAGGUUCAGGUGUACGAGGAGCCGUCGACCGGUCGACCGCUGGAGGCUGAAGCGCCGCCGGGAGACGAGGACUCGGUGGACUCUGAGCGUCUGGCCGGUCUGGAGCAGCGUCUAGCGGCUCUGUGGCGGCGCGUCGAGGCCGGAGGGCGACGAGCCGAACGGAGACACCGAGAAGUCCUGCAGCUCUACGGCGACCUGCAGCUUCGUCGUCUUCAUCCUCGGCAGCAGAGCGACGCCGCGGAGACGUGGACCAGCGUCCUGAUGGAUCAGCAGCUGUCGCAGCUCCACCGCCGGCUGGAUGAAGAGAGACUGCAGAGAGAGCAGGUCCGACAGCAGGAUGUGCUGCAGCAGCAGAGUCAAACGUCUCGUCUGGACCAGAUGGAGCUGCAGCUGCAGGCGCUGGCGGCUAAGACUCAGGAAGUUCUGUGGAGGCAAGAAGCUGCUUCGGCAUCAACACUUCCUGCUGCUGUCAGCGUCGGUGUGGACCGACAGUCCCAUGAUGCUUUGCUGGCGGAGGUUUCUCGGCUGGAGGCGGCUCUGGAGGACGUCAGGAGGGACGUGGAGGUUCUGUCCUCGGGUCAAGAUGGCUGCCGACAGCUGGCCGCCGUGCAGCAGGCGGUGAGAGGCCAGGUGUCGGAGCAGGUUUCCUCUCAGCUCCGCUCUCUGGUCUUCGGUCAGCAGCCGACUACAGCCGAAGGCGUCGAGCUGCACGAGUCUCUGCUGCAGUGGAUGUCGCAGCGCUGCGUCAGCGCGGCCGACCUGCAGGUGGCGCUGUCCUCGCUGGAGCGCAGCAUCCUGCAGAGCGUGGGCCAGCGGCCGGAGCAGCCGGAGAGGGAGGGCGGACUGAAGGAGGAGGUGGGACAACCUGGUUGUAGCGUUAAAUGAUCCUUGUUCCUUCAGGACGUCCGUGUGCUGGUCCAGAACGCUCUGCGGCUGUUUUCUCAGGACAGAACCGGGUUGGCGGACUACGCUCUGGAGUCCGGAGGGGGCAGCAUCCUCAGCACUCGCUGCUCGCAGACCUACGAGACCAAAGCCGCCCUGCUCAGCCUGUUCGGGGUUCCUCUCUGGUACUUCUCUCAGUCUCCUCGAGCCGUCAUCCAGCCCGACGUCCAUCCAGGGAACUGCUGGGCCUUCAGAGGCUCCGCCGGCUUCCUGGUGAUCCGGCUCUCCAUGAGCAUCGUCCCCAGCGCCUUCAGCCUGGAGCACAUCCCCCGAGCCCUGGCCCCCAACGGCAUGCUGCUCAGCGCCCCCCAAGACUUCAGCGUCUACGGUUUGGAGGACGAGAGCGAGGAGACGGGGAAGCUGCUGGGAUCGUACCGCUACGACGAGGACGGAGAAGCUCUGCAGACCUUCGGCGUCACCGAGGAGAACCAUGACGCCUUCCAGAUCAUCGAGGUUCGGGUUUUGUCUAACUGGGGUCACCAGGAAUACACCUGCAUGUACCGCUUCAGAGUCCACGGGACGCCCAGCGACGUCUGAGCGCGCUCACAUCGCGUCCCACCGUUUCAGCUGGUGGCCGCUGACGUUGGUUCUGUUGAUCGACGGUGACUCUGACUGGUUUCCCUCCAGCAGGAUCUUGGUUUUCUCGUGGAAAACCGACGCGCUGAUGGUUCCAUGUUGGUUUUCUGUCCAUAGUUCAUAUUUUUCUACCCGUGUUGUUUGUUUGAGGCGCUUGUUGUUGGUUUUAUGUCCUUUAUGUUGUGUUUUCUACAGCUGUGAGCAGAAUCUGGUUUAGAACCCGCUCAGGCUCAUACUCCAAGGUUCAGUCUGUUGUUGGUCCAUUUCUACGCCUGAUCUUUGGACUUCGUUAGCAAACGUUCUGAAUCGACUUUAACGUGUUUACGCUGCACUGCUAUGGCGUGGAGCUCAAUCAGGAGGAAGAGUUUCAGCCUCAAACUGCCAAAUGUUCCUCCAGAACCCGAGUGUGGCUCCAGGAACCGGACUGUCCUUCAGAUCGGCUGCGUUCAAAAACACUGCAACGCUUCAAAUUCCACUUUUUACUCAAAGCUCAUUUCUUUUAAUGCUCGAAAUUAUCAAGUGAAAUAAUCUCCACAGAUCCUUUGUUUUGUUCAGCGGCUGACCGUCGGACGUCGGAGUGUCCUUGAACGCAGCACCGAUCCUCUGAAAUGCUGACGGCUGUAAAGUUCCAUAUUUAAUUUGUCUUCAUGCCAACGCACGACGUGUUUUUUCUACUUUUAUUGACUGAUCUGUGUUGGAACUUUUAUUUUAAACAUAAUUUAUAAAAAAAGUUUUGUAUGUGAUUUCAGGCUGGAUGUAUGAUAAUAAAGA